AUGACUGUAAAGCAUAUUCUUAAUAGAGGAAAGUACUAUGAGAACUAUAUAAAUUCUCAGAAGGUCUAAGAUUGGUCCUUGGAAAAUAAGUUCAAAAUUAGAGCAGCUCAGGCAUAUUCAGUCUUUUUUCAUUAACAAGAAAAGACUAAUAUUGCUAAAGCAUAUAAGGGAGUAGAUGCUUAGGGAUUUUAAGUGCUAAAAUGUUAAAGAAUUAUUUGUCAAAGUCCCUCCUUCAAUGAUGCCUGCGAUAAUGAUAAAAUGGCUAUCAUAAUUGGUUUAUACGAUUCUAAAAUAUCAAAUACGGAGAAGGAUUGCAGGUUCUUCCACUUUUUACAUUUGAUUUAAAGAUAGCAACUCAUCAAAAACAGAGUUGAUAAACCAGUCAUUAAUAUAUUGCAUGAAAACUAGAUUAAAUUGUUUGUCAAUUACUAUGAACCUUUUAUUGAUGAUAUCUCUCAAUGUACUGAUCAUGUAGAUCACUAGUAUUAUGAUGAACUGCCGUUUAAGACUAGAGUAAUAUUUAUAUUAACAAACAGAGUUCACGAUGUUCAUCUUUAAGAACAGUUACUUUUUGAUUCUGCUCGCAGAUACUAUAGUAGAGAUGAUGUUAGAUUUGCUAUGGUUACUCACACUUUAGAGUCUAAAUUAUUGAGGGAAUUAUUAAAAGGCAAAGUUGAGGGGAUUGAGCAGUUGAUAGAUGAAGAUGGAGAAACAUAAGAGAAUUAUGUGAUCAUUUUAUCUAAUGCUAAGAUGAAUGUGAUCAUGCCAAUAGGAAUGAUUAAUGAAUACAGUAAAUUCCACUAAAUGAUUGACUUCUACUCAAUACCCUACAUUUCAAGAUUAGACAUCAAUUCUGUUAAUCUAAUGAGUUCAACUUCUAAAAACGCUAUAAUAAAUUAAACUUAACUAAGUAACUUUGAUCAAGAAUUGAAGGAUAUGUAGAUCGUGAUUAAAAAUGUGGCUAAUGAUGAUUAUCUUUACUUUUUAGUAGACAAAAAUUAGUCUGAAUUUUUCCAUUAAUUAUUUGCAUUGAAUCAUAAUACAUGCCAAGAAAUAAUGAUAGUUUCCAAAACCAAUUUGAUAUAUUCCUACGAGAGAUAAAACCAUUAAAUAAUUGAUAAGGUUUUGGUUAUAGAUGCAAUUGAAAAAUUUGAGAGAAAUAUGCUUUUACCGCUUAACUACAAAUAUUUUGAGAGCCUAGUUGAUUUCAAGCUGAAUGAGAUUUUAGUUAAUAUUCCUUUCUACGAAAUGGCUUAGGACAGGAAUGACUCUUUCCAUAAGAAUCAUGAUAUGCUAAUAUACGCCUGCUCAACUAGAAAAGAUACAGAUAUAAAUGAUUAAAGCAAUAAUAUUGCCUUAAAAGUUAGAACUUUGCUAUUGAAACUAAGUGCUCUUGAAUAUGAGGAGCUCAAAAUUUAUAAGUUUGAUACUUUUACGAGUUAGUAUCCAGAUUGGUAUAUUGGAUAUAAUGAAUGGGAGCAAAUUGAUGUUCCCUAACUUCUUUUACUUCGCAACAAGCAAGUUAUUCUCUAUGGAAAAGAUAAGCUAUUUUAAGAUGAUAUGCUAUUUUAAUUUGUUAAAGAUAAUAUCAGAUUUAGCAUUCAAAUACCAAUAAAUACAGAUGAUUUAUUGGAGCUAGUUAAGAAAAGAAGGUAUGCAAAAUUGGAAGAAGAAUAUAAGUUAAAUUAUGGAUAUAAAAAUGAUUUAUGA